AGGCGUUCAGGCUCAGCCGAUUCUGCCUCAAGUCAUGGUGCAGCCAGGUCCCUGACCGAGCCGGCCCUCUUGCGAAACCCGUUAAAGACUGUCGUUCUGGUUUGGUUUCGUGGACGGUUUGACCUCAUCGUGGUGCUCUUGGUGCCGGGUGCGCUACGGCAGGCGGCCUGCAAGGGCCGCGCCCUCGCGCCGAUGGUCACCGAAGCGCUCUUUGAUGGAUCUGGCUCCGCUGGCAGUGCGGUCGCCGUGGCGUCGGCUGCGGCCAUAGCUCUGAUUGUCGUGCUGCUCAUCUGCUUCAGGCAGCGGAACAUGCGGCACCUCAACCGCACCGUGGAGGUCCAGCGUUUCCUCCACCGUCUCGAGGCCAUCCAGGGCGAGCUGCUCUCCGGAAGCACGAGGGACGGUCACCAGAGCCGGGGGAACGCCUCUCUCUUCUCGCGCUCCUCGCGCUCCGACGCCAGCAGGUCCAGAGAGGAGGUGUUCGACCUGGGCGAGAAUGCGUGGCGUUGGAAGGUCGGCUCUGGAGGCAGCCUGAGCACCACCGACGAGUGCGAGGGCUGGGACGUGAAGGUGCUGAUCUGUCUGAGCCUCGACCUGUCGGCGCGGACGUCGCAGAGUUCCAGGAAGGCGUCGGGCUUCGCAGCGGCGAGUAGGUCGCUCGGGCGCUCAACUAGUUCACUCGGGCGCUCGAAUAGUUCGCUCGGGAUUCCUGCGGACAAGCUGGACAUUACCGCAAGCAUUGGCAACAGCAUACAACUACUCAAAAGUCGGUUCAACUCAGGCUCCAAUCCGUCGAUCGCCGCAAGCGACCGGGAGCACCUCGAGACGACCGUGUCGAACGCGCUGCUCAGCCUCAGCAGGCAGAACAUGCUCGACCCGGCAGCCAUACGAUGCUGCAUUGUGGCCGACACUGUCCGCGUACCUGGCGUCCUCAGGAGUGACUCGCCAGUGCUGGAGCAGGGCCGAAGCGACAGCCUGACCGUCGCCGACAUCCUUCCGAUCAUGUGCGACGUGGCCGACUACUGCAUCUUGGUCAUAGAGGAUCCCGACACGCUGACCACCACGCAGGUGGUGCAGGGUGCAGGCAGGAGGGUCUCACGCAGGAGCUCUUCGUCUCUGCUCUCAAGCGGAUGGUCGUCACCAGAUACCAGCAGCAGUACCGCACCAUUACUUUCAGAAGGGCUUUUGGAGGACCUGCUCGUCGGGCACUCGCCAUCAGACAAGGAGUUUGGACCUUCGAUUUACCUUGCCGGCCUCGCAGCGUUGUCGCUCAAGUCGGACAAACAGUCGUACGUGCAGUGCGGAUUCGACGACGACAGCGACACCGUGCUCCGGAGUAUGGUGCCCUACAGCCAUCGGUUCGAGAAGAGCCAUGCCACCUUGGAGCUGGACUCCGAUGUUGCAGGCGUCGAGCUGCACGGGGGCCUCCUGUGCUUGUGGGCACUGAACGUGAGCCACGGAUCCUUCGGCUUUGUCCGCGAUGCGGCGCCGCUCAUGGCGGAGUUGGCGUAUCUGAGGAACUACAGGCGGUCCUGCCUGGCGUGCACGCGGCGAGCUGGGUUCACCGUGUCCAUGAGCGACGAUAUCCUCCAGUACUUCCAGUCAUUCAGGCGGCACGAGCCGAUCCGUGCUCACAGCCAGCUGAAGAGGGGGACGAGGACGAGUGGUCUCUUGGGCGAUGCAGGGUCGUCGACGAAGAGGCGCCUCGGCAGGUCGGCCAGGGCGCAGCACAUGCACGGCCUGCAGGCCUGUCUGACGCAUCGGGCAAUGAUAUCGCGGUGCUUUCACGUGUACGUCAGGAGUAAGUGCGCGGAUCCCGAGUCCCUGCCGAUCGCUUCGCUGUGUGAUAUCAGCGGGCGCUUCAUUGUGCCGUCCAGCCAUCCCGUUGCCCAGCAGCUGCACCUCGUCACGAGGGACGUCGACUACAUGCUGGACAAGGGCGCGGGCGAAGUCCUGGAUCACGUCCAGAGGUACAUGACGCUCGAGGCGCUUGCAGAUCGCGUCCAAGAGUUCCUGGUCGUCUACCUUCGCAAGAUGAAUGGCUCUGGUGACAAUAAUAUCGCCCACAAGGAGCAGCUCGCGGCCUUCGAGCUGUACGCGGCCGCAGCAGAGGGGCAGGGCUACCUCGUCGACGUCGUCAGCGACUUCCUAUGCAACAAGGCCGAGACUCGCGGCUACCAGAGGGUGACGAAGGCCCUUUCGGACCCACUGAAGGAGAUCCCCAGCGAUACGAACAACGAGCUGGAUCUGGCCGUCGCAUCGACCAUGACGAGUGACAUGUACAGGUGCUCUCAUCUGUUCGUCAAUUUCGUGGGGGCCUCGCAGCUUCCUCGGGUACGUCAGUCCGUGGUAUCCUUCGAUAGUAAUUCUUCUACUCGAACUGCGCCUGUUGGUGAGGACACGUUGCCGAAGGCGUACUGCACGCUUGGGCUCGAGGGCGCCGAAACAGUGCUCCUUCAAACAGGUGUCGCGGCGCAAGGCUUCAAUCCUGAGUGGGGGGAGACACUAGAGCUGAAGCAAUACCCACCAGGCGAGACGCUCGUCUUCAACCUUUGGCAUAAGAACCUCGCGUCUCAGGACUACUUUUUGGGCAGUGCGUUGUUGCCAUAUGCGCAGUUCGAGAGGCAGGAGUUCGCGGGGCAGAUCACCCUUGUUAACACUCACGGCGGCGCCUCCCAGACGUCAGGUCAGCACGUGGGUGCCCUCACCGUGCGCGUGUCGAUGACUGCCCCGAGGAAGUUUACCCGCAGGAUAACUCGCCUCCGCUCCGGUGGCCCCACUUCCCAGAGCAAUGGGCCGGCCAGAAUAUCAAGUUUUUUCUCGCAUGGCUUCCGCGACAUGACCCCGAGCUCUGUCAGCAGCGCCCGGGAUCUGGGCUUCUUUGGCAAGACGACGUCGCCUGCCAGCUCGGAGCCGUUGCAGCCCGCCGCCGACAUGCCCAGGACUCUUGCGGACCAGCUGCUGACCGCCACCGAUGUGCAUCGGAAGCUGGAGCGCGUGAUGAUCGGGCUCGUGAGGGAUGCGCACGAAAGUGCCGCGAAGCAGGGAAUUUUAGGCUCUGCCCAUGUCGACCAGUCGCUUCACCGCAACCCGUUCUGGGAGCUGGUUGAGGCCAGCACUCUCAAAACCCUGGAGAGGCGGCUGUGGGAUCAGAAAGACAAGUACCAUGGCGACCUGGCGAAGUCGGGCCGGGCGGACAUGGUCGACGAGGUGGACAGGGAACUGCGUUUGACGUUGGCAGACGUUUGCUUCCGCGACCAUUUCGAGGAGUCGCUGACCAGGGCCGUGGCCCAGACGCGAGUCAUGUGCGAUAACUUUUGGAUCAUGCAUCUGAUGAUGCUGGGGCUAGAAGGGUCAAGAAGUUUGGUGAUAUUGUCGCGAGACAGCAGCAGGAAGCUGCGGCGGAAGGCGCCCGCAGUGGUGUACACAGUUCGGCUCAAAGACAGUGGCGCCGAGGGCAGCCUUCUGGAGGUCAUCCUGGUCCACAAGAAGAUCACCGCGGUCGGUCAAGAUAACAGGAGCGCGGUCAAGCAGAUGAUCUCCGAGAUGCGCACCGUCAACUCGAUAUGUCGCACAUUGCGCCUAGGCGAUCCAGACCUGCACCCAUCCAUGUGGUGCCUCUCGCUGCGGCAGUUGCAGGAUUUCGCGCAGGAGGUGGAGCAGGAGCUAGGCACGGAGGUCUACAGGGCCGCUUCGUGCGCCGAAAUCGUGAAGAUGUCAAUCGUCAAGAAGACUUCCGCGGCUCGCACGUCAUACUCUCGCAUGGUCAACUGGCAGAACCUUAGGCAGAUAGAUGUGUUCGUGUCGCACUGCUGGGGGGAGAAUUUCAGCGCCUUUGUCAACUCGGUGGUUGGAGCCCUGGAGACUCGGAUCCAUGCCCACGAAGUGAAUUUGUGGAUUUGCUGCUUCGCGCUUUUCCAGAACCCCCAGUACGAGGUGGUGAAGAAGCAGGUGGGGACUGACCUUAUGGACGCCCCCUUCGAGAAGGCCCUCCGCUUCGCUCGCGAGUUCCUUGUGGUUCGAAAUGCGGAGUGCGACAUGUACACCCGUGCGUGGUGUGUCUUCGAGAUUUUCCGGGCGCGUCAGCUGGAUCUGAAGAUAACCGUGACCGGCCCUGACAAGUUCACGAAGGAGAACGUCGACAUUCUGAGCUGCAGGGCCACGGACACGGACGACGAGGCGAUGAUCAAGGGCGCCAUCGUUGACGCGAACGAGGUAGACGAGCUCAACCAGGUCGUCACGGAGAUCAAGGCCAUGGGCACCAGGCAGGAGCACACUGGUGGCAACCAGACCGUGAUGAGGGUAUGAUUUUGGCAGUCCUCUUCCCAUUAGUUGCGGAGCUGGGAAGCCCUCGCCCCGCCGAUUUCACAGGUGAUUCCAGCGCGUCACCCGCUGGGGGCGACAGCGCACCACCCCCAGGCUAUCACAUACCACACCAUCAUCACCCACCAGUACCAACGCCAUCACCACCACCGGCACCGUCACCACCACCUGCGAUGAGGGCUAGCGUCCCCGAUCGAGGCGGGGAAGGAGGAGGCCAGCAGCGGCGCGACGCCGCGGCCACGAGCGCCGCGCGCACGCGGCUUCUGGGCCAGCUACCGCUCAAGGAGACGCGUGUGCCCGGAGGCUUCGACCGCCCCUGCCGCCGACGAGGCCCCGCGACCGAAGGCGUGCAGGUUAGGGGAGGAGGGAAUGAGCAUACAGCUGACCCCCUGGGUUCAAAAACUGACUAGCUGCGCUGCGCGUUUGAAAACGAAGGCGCCCGGAGAGCCGUCUCGAUGGGCGGACGCCGAAUGUGGUGCGAUGACAAGACCAGGCCGCUCAACAGUAGAGCGGGCGCUGUGCGUUGACCGUGGAUGCUGCGUGCGUGAAGCCUGUGUCCAUGGCAUGCCAUGCCCUUCUCCUUGGUAUUUGCGUUCGAGCGCGGUGCGCGCGUCGAUCGCCUGUCGGUGCGAUCGCAGUUUCUGACGUUCCUACUUCAGUUUCACAGUAGCAGCCACUGGCGCUCGGAGAGCGCCGUUGUACUGGCCUUCUGCUCAUCUCGCUUGCUCGUGGUCCCAGAACAGGGUCGGUACAAGACCUCUGGUGCUCCUGCUCCUGAGUGGAUGAGGGCGCCAACUACACAUCUACGCCGAGCCUGGUCGGGCCGAUCUUGGUCUUGGGGUCGGUGUAUAUUUAUAGAUAUUUGCCUCCCUGGCCAAUCCAGGGGGGCGUCCCCGAAGGACGCUCGUGCUUGUCAUCGCGGCAAAACCUCGGAGGCAUUUCCUCACAGACGUAUGCAAGGGAGAAAGGG